AUGUCGUCGGACUUUUGGGCGGGAUACCUCAGUGGGGCCAUUGGAAUCAUAAUCGGCAACCCUCUAGAUGUUGUCAAAGUUCGAUUACAAGCUGGCGGGGCUGAUGCAGCUGGAUCAACAAGCCGGAACAUAGUCUCCUUUGAGAAUGUGAGCUCCCUUGCGCGAGGUGCUGCUGCUCCCAUACUGGGAUAUGGAGCGCUUAAUGCGCUUCUAUUUGUCGCCUACAAUCGUUCAUUGAUGUUUAUGGAUGAUUCGGUAAAGGAUCCCACAAACCCUUUCGGCGUUUCGCUUUACAAAAUCUGGCUUGCUGGUGCUGCUGGCGGAGUGGCCAGCUGGACGGUCUCAUCUCCCACAGAGUUCAUCAAAUGCCGAGCGCAACUUGACCCCCGCCCUGGGAUCUCUUCGUGGACAGUCGCCAAGGACAUCUUUCGGACCCGAGGAUUGACGGGUCUCUACUUCGGAGGAGUGAUUACUUGCGCCAGAGACUCGAUUGGCUACGGAUUUUAUUUCUGGUCUUACGAGUACUGCAAACGUCUUAUGGCCUCCGAAAAUGAUAACCCACAUGAAACUGCUCUAAAAGUACUUCUUUGCGGAGGCAUUGCUGGAGUGACCACAUGGGCUUCUGUCUACCCGCUGGAUAUGAUUAAGACGAGACUGCAAGCGCAGACAAUUGCAACAGCACCCGAGUCCCGCCCACUGAUACAUUUACAGAGCAACCCACACAUGCUGAACUCCUACCAGAUCGCCAAAGCCGCGUAUCGAUCCGAAGGGUUAAAAGCCUUUUAUCGAGGCCUGGGAAUUUGUAGCUUGAGAGCUUUCAUAGUGAACGCUGUCCAGUGGGCAACAUACGAAUGGCUCAUGAAAUAUCUAAACCGUCCGUGCGAUCAGACACAGAGCUGUGUUGCUGGAGUUACUGAAAGUAUAUAUUAG